CCUAUCUCCAAUCCCCAACGUCGAAUGUCAUUCUUUGUUUUGCACUCCUGAAGCCCUUCUAUGUCCAUCUCCUCGCCUCUGCCUCGCCCAUCAAGUUAAACCAACCAAACAUGUCUCCUGUCAACCUAGGGUCGAUGCCUGCCAAGCAUUUCCCACACAUUUCCAAGUACGUGGACGAGCCGACCUUACUCUCUCUCCGCCAGGUCUCCCGGAGAAUGCACUACUUGGUGAAGCCCAUGACGGAGGCAAUCUUCGCGCGGCACCUCGAGACCGUCGAGACGAAUCUGACCUAUCACAGCCUGUUGCGCAUUCACUGCGACCUGGCCCGGCCGCGGGGCAACCUGCUGGCGGCGCUGAUCAAAAGGCUGGUGAUCCGGUACCCGUACACGGGGCCCAACUCGCCGUUCAACAGGCUGGCGCUGUGCGGCGAGAUCGAGGACCCGCUCGCGCUGCCGGAACUCUGGGCGCUGCGCUGCGAUCUCAUUACCGCGUUCACCGAGUGCCGGGACUUCGAGUUCCACCUGGACGAGCCCGCGGACUGGCCCGUGGACUGCAUCCACGCCGGCGACGUGGUGCGCGUCAUGUUCACCAUCUUCAACGACGCAGGGAUCCCGCCCGAGCGACUCCAGAUCCACACCUCGCUGCGCGCCGCGCCAUUCCUGGAGCAGCCCACGACGACCCGGCACCAGGUCCUCCAGCUCCCCAACUGGACCGUGCCCGCGCUGUACCCCGAGGUGCUGCACGGCCUGCGCGUGCUCCACCUGCACGACGACUACUUCCGGGAAUACCGCGGCACGUCGAUCGUCUGGGAGCUGCUGGAGGGCACCCCGGCGCUGGAGGAGCUGCGCAUCGUCGGCCGCGGCCGCGCGCAUUCCACGGGAAAUACCCUCGAGGCGCUGUCGACGGCGCGGUUGGCCUCCGCGCGGAUCCGGGUGUUCUCCGUCCGGAGGAUCGAGUCCACGGCCGCGAUCCUGCGGACAUGUAUCCGGAAGAUGGCCGUGCGCGGUCUGAAGACGCUGGAGCUGAAGGAUGUGACGCUGACUACACCGACAACAGGCGAGUCGUGGGAGGACGUCUUGCAGAGCGUGUGGCGGAUGUGUGUCGAUCUGACGCGCAUCAACUUCAAGAAUCUCGGCGCCCGAGACGAGAAGACCGGGGCCGUCAGGCGGCUGCUGCAGACUGGAUGUCGGUUGACUGUCUCCGUGAGGCAGAUGGUCUUGGAACAAUUGGUCGAGAAGGCGCGGAGGAUGAGAUACCUAAUAACCUACUUUGAACCACAUGGCCACGCUGACUAA